CCCUCCGCGACCUGGACGCCACCUGUCGGGCCCUGCAGCGGGAGCUGGACUCGCGGACCCGGCUGCACGACGGGGAGGUACGGCAGCUGCAGCAGCGGGCGGAGCAGGCGGAGCAGCGACUGAGGUUGGCAACCGAGUCGUACGACAGCCACAAGGCCCAACUGGCCGCCCAGCUGUCCACCGCGCAGCAGUGCCUGGCGGAGCUGCGGCGGCAGUGUCUUGAGGACGUGGGGCUGCUGCAGCGGCGGCACGGGGAGGAGGUGGCGGCGCUGAGGGGGGCGCUGGACGCGGCGGCAGCUCGCGGCUCCCAUCUGGAGCAGGAGGCGGCUGGGCUGAGGGAGCAGCUGCGGGUGGCGCGGGAGGAGAUCCAGCCCCGCGCAGCCUCCCUGGAGCAGCAGCUGGCGGAGGAGCGGCAGGCGGCGGAGGCGGCAGUGGCGGAGCUGCAGCGGAGGCGGCAGGAGGCGGAGCGUAGGGCCCAGGAGGCUGAGGCCCAGCGGCUGCAGGAGGUGCGGGCGCUGCGAGCCGAGCUGGAGGCGGAGGGGCGGGCGGUGGCGCACAUGAGGGGGGAGCUGGAGGCCUUGAGGGCGGAGGCGGCUGCUGCUGCGGGGAUGCGGGGAAGGCAUCAAAGGGCAAAGAAUGGCAGCAGUGGCGGCGGAGGAGGAGGUGGUGAUGGCAAGCGGCAGGGGGAUGGGCGCCGGGUAUCGGAGGGGGCUGCAGCAGCAGCGGAGGCGGCGGCAGGGUCUUCUUCUCCCUCUAGCGGCUCCGAAGCCUCCUUGUCACCCCGCGUGUACCACCGCCGCGGUGGGGGGAACAAGGGCAACAUGGUGAUGGCGGGUGGCGGCAGCAGCAUGGGCGGACCACCCCCCGGCCUCCUAGCAGCGGGGCCGGUGAAGGGGGCUCCUGGAGUAGCAGCAGCAGUUGCACCUGGAGGGGGAGAGCAUGCCGUACCGUCCAUGUCGUACAGGCCGACCUUGCCGUACAACAGUCACCCACACCAGCACUACCAUGCCCAGUUGGCUGCCGGUAGGCCGGCGGCACUGUCGCUGGAGGCAUUGCAGGACUCCCACGACUCCCUGCCCGACCUGGGCGCCACCUCGCUGAUGGACCUGCCGCCCUCCCCGGGCAGCUCCGCCUCCUUCUGGCUGGGGCCGUCCGGGGGGGGAGCGGGAGGAGGGGGAGCGGGAGGAGGGGGAAGGGCAGGCAGCACCACGCCCCCUGGCUCGCAGCAGG